UAUCCUGAAAACAACUCCCCUCUCUCUCCUCCCUAAAGCACAGCACGAGAGAGACGCGGCCAUGGCGAUGGCCCCGCCGCCCGCCUGCUCGCUCCUCCGAGUCGCCGCCUCCGCGCCCAUUUCUGCUGCCUCCACCUCCGUUUCCAUCCCGCGGGCCCCCAGUUUCCUCCCUUCCUCACGUUCCGCUUCCGCCCGCCGCCACCUCACCGCGACAUGGCCUCCGAAGGCCGCGACCUCCGCUUCUGUCGAAAUCCAGGACGAGUACGCGGAUGAGAUAGACGCGGUGAACAUUGCGCAGGACGUCACCCAGCUAAUUGGAAAAACACCAAUGGUGUAUCUCAAUAGUGUUGUUGAUGGUUGUGUUGCUAAUAUCGCUGCAAAGCUAGAGUAUAUGGGACCUUGCCGAAGUGUCAAAGAUAGGAUUGGAUUAAGCAUGAUUAAUGAUGCUGAAGAGAAGGGAUUAAUUUCUCCAAAUAAGACCAUCUUGGUAGAACCAACAACUGGGAAUACUGGCAUAGCCAUUGCUUCUGUGGCUGCAGCUAGAGGAUACAAGCUGAUAGCUACUAUGCCUUCAUCAAUAGAUGUCGAGAGACGGAUUCUUCUGCGUGCAUUUGGGGCGGAGAUUGUGCUAACUGAUGCUACCAAAGGACUGAAAGGAGCUUUUGAUAAAGCUGAGGAAAUAGUAUUGAGGACACCAAAUGCAUAUAUGUUUCAGCAGUUCAACAAUGAAGCAAAUAGUGAGAUCCACUUUCAAACCACUGGCCCAGAAAUAUGGGAAGACACAUUGGGUACUGUUGACAUACUUGUUGCAAGCAUAGGGACAGGUGGUACCAUUACUGGCACAGGGCGUUACUUGAAAAGGAUGAACAAAGAUAUUAAGGUCAUUGGGGUAGAACCAGCUGAAACUAGUGUGAUCUCUGGUGACAACCCAGGUUACAUUCCAAGUAUAUUAGAUAUCCAGUUGAUUGAUGAGGUUGUGAAGGUUAGCACCGCACAAGCUGUCGAUUCUGCUAGGGAACUUGCACUAAAAGAGGGCUUGCUGGUUGGUAUUUCUUCAGGUGCAGCAGCUGUUGCUGCUAUUAAUGUUGCCAAAAGACCUGAAAAUGCUGGAAAGCUGAUUGCGGCCAUUUUCCCCAGCUUUGGAGAAAGAUACCUCUCCAGCAUCCUAUUCCGUCCAAUAUACGACUCGGUUCGAAGAAUGAGGAAGAAAUAGCCAGCCUUUUACAACUUCAAGCGCAUGGCGCUUCCUUCUCUAAACCUGACAGGCUUCCAAGGCAUGACAAACAUGAAAGAGUGACCCUGGUAGAUUGCAACAAGCAGGGUUCAAAGUUUUGAAACGCUCCCGCUGAGUGCGCUGAUCAUAGAGCUUGGUAGCUGCGCAGGUCAAUUGAGCUGCAAGCCUGCAGCUUGGUUCAGGACAGACUGCCUCACAAGUUUAGAACCUGCCUCUACAACCUCAGUGAAACAUGCAGAAAUGGAUGCUAUAGUUAGCUUAGAAUCCUCCUUUCAGUAGCUUAGAACUAGGGACAGACCGCAGGCUUGUAAUCUGAUACGCAUUUGAGCUGAUCCUAGUAAACAACUGUCUGCACAUUAUUUUUUCCUUUUGAAUUUUGAUUAUUUCAUCCCUCA